ACAAAGGAUGAAAAUAGUCACAUGAUCUAUUGCUAUAAAUACUAAAAACCCGCCGUCUUUCUGCAUAGACGCAACUAACGACGAAGAGAAAUUAGAGCUCAUUACACAAGAAAACUAUAAUAUAAGAAUUGACAAUGCAGAUCUUUGUUAAAACACUUACUGGUAAAACCAUCACCCUAGAGGUUGAACCAUCAGAUACCAUUGAGAAUGUCAAAGCUAAGAUUCAAGACAAAGAAGGUAUCCCACCAGAUCAACAGAGAUUAAUCUUUGCAGGAAAACAACUUGAAGAUGGCAGAACACUGUCCGACUACAACAUUCAAAAGGAGUCAACACUCCAUCUUGUGCUCCGUCUGAGAGGAGGUAUGCAGAUUUUUGUCAAAACGCUAACUGGCAAAACCAUCACCCUAGAGGUUGAACCAUCAGAUACCAUUGAGAAUGUCAAAGCUAAGAUUCAAGACAAAGAAGGUAUCCCACCAGAUCAACAGAGAUUAAUCUUUGCAGGAAAACAACUUGAAGAUGGCCGAACCCUAUCAGAUUACAACAUUCAAAAGGAGUCAACACUCCAUCUUGUGCUCCGUCUGAGAGGAGGUAUGCAGAUUUUUGUCAAAACACUAACUGGCAAAACAAUCACCUUAGAGGUUGAACCAUCAGAUACCAUUGAGAAUGUCAAAGCUAAGAUUCAAGACAAAGAAGGUAUCCCACCAGAUCAACAGAGAUUAAUCUUUGCAGGAAAACAACUUGAAGAUGGCCGAACACUGUCAGACUACAACAUUCAAAAGGAGUCAACACUCCAUCUUGUGCUCCGUCUGAGAGGAGGUAUGCAGAUUUUUGUCAAAACACUAACUGGCAAAACAAUCACCUUAGAGGUUGAACCAUCAGAUACCAUUGAGAAUGUCAAAGCUAAGAUUCAAGACAAAGAAGGUAUCCCACCAGAUCAACAGAGAUUAAUCUUCACAGGAAAACAACUUGAAGAUGGCCGAACCCUAUCAGAUUACAACAUUCAAAAGGAGUCAACACUCCAUCUUGUGCUCCGUCUGAGAGGAGGUAUGCAGAUUUUUGUCAAAACAUUAACUGGUAAAACAAUCACUCUAGAGGUUGAACCAUCAGAUACCAUUGAGAAUGUCAAAGCUAAGAUUCAAGACAAAGAAGGUAUCCCACCAGAUCAACAGAGAUUAAUCUUCGCAGGAAAACAACUUGAAGAUGGCAGAACACUGUCAGACUACAACAUUCAAAAGGAGUCAACACUCCAUCUUGUGCUCCGUCUGAGAGGAGGUAUGCAGAUUUUUGUCAAAACGCUAACUGGCAAAACCAUCACCCUAGAGGUUGAACCAUCAGAUACCAUUGAGAAUGUCAAAGCUAAGAUUCAAGACAAAGAAGGUAUCCCACCAGAUCAACAGAGAUUAAUCUUUGCAGGAAAACAACUUGAAGAUGGCCGAACACUGUCAGACUACAACAUUCAAAAGGAGUCAACACUCCAUCUUGUGCUCCGUCUGAGAGGAGGUAUGCAGAUUUUUGUCAAAACACUAACUGGCAAAACAAUCACCUUAGAGGUUGAACCAUCAGAUACCAUUGAGAAUGUCAAAGCUAAGAUUCAAGACAAAGAAGGUAUCCCACCAGAUCAACAGAGAUUAAUCUUCGCAGGAAAACAACUUGAAGAUGGCCGAACCCUAUCAGAUUACAACAUUCAAAAGGAGUCAACACUCCAUCUUGUGCUCCGUCUGAGAGGAGGUAUGCAGAUUUUUGUCAAAACAUUAACUGGUAAAACAAUCACUCUAGAGGUUGAACCAUCAGAUACCAUUGAGAAUGUCAAAGCUAAGAUUCAAGACAAAGAAGGUAUCCCACCAGAUCAACAGAGAUUAAUCUUUGCAGGAAAACAACUUGAAGAUGGAAGGACACUGUCUGAUUACAACAUUCAAAAAGAAUCCACACUCCAUCUGGUAUUGCGUCUACGUGGUGGAAAUUAAACUGAACAAACAUUUUACCUUUUAAACGUAACACUUACAAGAAAGAAACUUUUGUGCAAUUGAUCAAUAAAGUUAACUACACUAUA